AUGUUCUUUUCUCCGUUGCUCUUACUGGCCCAUUCUCGUUACUAUAGCGAAGCUCUGAUGCCCGAAUUCUGGGUGCUUGUCCGUAGCCUUGAGAACAUGUCCAGACGUUGGGCUGGUGUGACUCAUGGUGACUCGGGCUAUUUUCUCAACUUGGCUGGGAAGUAUGCAUUGCAUCUCAGAAACACAUACGAGAUGUGUCAACAAGAUGUGACGUAUAAUCUCACAGUACUUGACUACACCGAGAACAUAGAACAGGCGAUGAGCGAUCAGUCUCGGUCUCAACAUCCACGGACAGAAGAUAAUGACGACGACACAAGAGCCAUGUCAACUGCCAUUUCCAGUCAGAAGCUGGGACGAAUGACUUCUCUUCCUAUAGCUCCCCAAGGGCAUGUCCCGCCCACACGACCACAGAACAUCUCAACGGGAACCAGCCCACCAGUGAGGGUAACAGGUACGGUUGGUCAGCCAGAAAACGUCGACACUAUUUGGUUUACUGCGGCAAAUACAGACGUUCAGGAGCUACCAGAAGACUUGCUGGCCAUAUCGCAAGCUCUGAUGGACCAGAGGUUCGCCGAGAUGGAUCGCAUCAUUACUCUGGAUGACUCCUGGUUUGAAGCUACUGAACAGACAGCAGAUAUUUCUUCACUGCAUGUUCCUGGGUGGAACACUGCAGAAAUGAGGUUUACAGAUUUGCAGAGCGAUAGAAAUGGUGUUACAGGCAGAGAGUGGGGAGGAAUGCAGUAG